AUGAUUUGGAAAAAAUUGGAUGCUCUUUUAUCAAAGGCAGAAGCUAAAGGUUUCAAGAUGGCCAACAAAGCUCAUGUUUACGUUGUGAAUGGAAUCCUAUGCCUCAUUGCCUACAAUGUCUAUACAGUGUUUAGAGGGUAUAAUGAAUUCUUUCUGGAAGCAAGACAAGAAGCAGCUCCAGAUCUUGAUGAGGUCACUGGUGAACCCUAAUAUCCAAUAAAUAAGAAUAUACGCAAGAAUUGA